AAGAGUAGUUUAUUUUAUAGUAAAACCUGAACUAAAAAUGCUCGAACCACAGGUAAAUCAUGCAAGCACUAUUUUUUUUUCUCCUUCAUUUUUUAAUUCUCUAAGAGAAAGGUUGGGCUGGGCUCCCAGGCAGCUGUGCUCAUCCUCAGCGCAGUCGAGGUUUAAAUCUGUCUUUGGGGCCAGCCAUGCCUGCCUGAUCCUGAGGUUUUUAUCCCGUUCCCGGCAUGAAUCCGGCCUCACGGUACCCGACCGUGCUCAGAACCCCUCGGUAUCCCCUUCCACCUCCGUUUUCCCCAGGCUGUUCCUAACAGGUCUGUUGUAGACAUCCCUCUCUCUUAACGAGUUUGAUUCAGCCUCUAAUCAUCUCAUAGUAAGCAUUGCAAAUUCCUCAAACACCUCGUCAACACUUUGUUCUCUUCCAUGACGCUUUUCCUGAUAAUCCGUGAGAAUCUUUAGAACUUUUUUCUUUUCCUUUAUCCUUUACAGAGUUUCUUGUUGAACCUCUGGAGUCUACGUUUCAAUUCUUCUUUUAAUGGCCCAUCAAUUAGUGUGAUGAGAGCCUUAUCUUUGCUAUUGUUAUCUCCUCGUUAGCGUUUCUGAAUCGAGGACUUUAACUUAGGAGCUCCCUGUUUGUUUUUUUUGCCUUUUGUAUUAACAGGCUGUUGGCCAUACACCCUUAGGUAGAUACAGGACUUCAAGUUUAAUAACUUUUUCACACAGAAAACUGCAUAAAUAGGGCGAGGUGUGACACCCGCUAGGAAAAAAACAUCAUUAAGGUGAUGUGCCCUAGAACAGCAUCCUCAUCCUGCUGUGAUGGCGAGCUAUGGUGAAACAAUUACUUAGGGACAAUUCCUUGUCAGCUCUCUGGCACCAGUUCUCAUCACCAAUAGCUUCUCUGACUCGCCACGCUUGCUAAUUGCUGUGAUGAUUAAAAAGUGGAGGAGAGAAGGAAAAAUCUCUUCUGUGGCAGUGGAACUUGCCGUGCCUACACAACGCAACCCAAAAGCUGUGUCUGAAGAGUUGGGAUGUGAUACGCGGAGCAGCGGGGAUCCCGCUUCCGAGAGAGGAGAGCAUUUACAGCUCACAUUUUUAUUUCGCUUUGGCACAAAGAGCGCGGAUUCAAGCAGCAAACCCCGAACCUGCAGCGCUGCCCCGGCUGAGAGGAAAUAUUCCCCCUUCCGACGCUGGGUGGGGAUGUUGGCCGCGGACCGGCGUUCCUCGGUCCGCCCGGGUUUGCAGACUCAGGGAGACAAAAAACCGUGUGAGCUGAGCUGCACGCAAAGGAGUCGGUGCGCUCGGGGGCUUCCAGAUUCCUUCACCCGCGGCUUGCUGGCCCACACCGCUCUUCUUCGGACGCUACUAAAAAUGCUGGGAGCCGCCAAGGACGGUGGAUGGAUUUUUUGGAGAGAGAUGGCGUGUGGGAGCCGGAGCGGAGACAGAAAGAGGCAAGUGAUCUUGUUUAUUCUGUGUGUUUGCGUGUGUCAGAGCGGGGCUGAAACCCUCCGCUACUCCCUGCCGGAGGAAAUGGAGAGGGACUCCUUUGUCGCCAAUAUUGCAAAGGACCUGGGGGUUCCUCUGAGCCAGCUUGCUGCUCGCAAGGCCCGCGUUGUGUCCGAGGGGAACGAGCAGCUUUUCCGACUCAAUCAAAACACCGGAGUCUUGACGGCAAAGGAAUCGCUGGACCGAGAGGAGAUCUGUCCGCAGAGCGAUACCUGCACGCUCGUCUUUAAGAUAUUCUUUGAAAAUCCAUUGCAGCUUAUCCGAGGGGAGGUGGAAAUUCGUGACGUAAAUGACAACUCUCCCGUGUUCCCGGAGAAGGAGAUGGUUUUAAAAAUUCUAGAAACAGCAUCUCCUGGGUCCCGUUUCCCCCUGGAAAGCGCCCAGGACAAGGACGUGGGCAUUAAUGGUUUGCAAAACUACAGCCUCGGGCCCAAUCCUCAUUUCUCCCUCGUUACUGGAACAGCGAAAGAUGGAGUAAAAUACCUGGAACUUGUCCUACAGCGCCAGCUCGAUCGUGAAGAGCAGGGAGAGCUGAAUUUACUUCUCACCGCCACCGACGGGGGAUCACCACCCAGGUCGGGCACGGCUCAGAUCCGGAUCGUAGUGCUGGAUGCCAAUGACAACAUCCCGGUCUUCGAAAGGGAGACCUACGAGGUGCGGCUGGUUGAGAACAGCCCCGUGGAGCAGCUGGUGGUCAGAGUCGCCGCCACGGAUCCCGAUGAAGGGUCCAACGGGAAAGUGCGCUAUGCCUUCACCCAGACAUCGGAGCGAGCCCGGCAGCUCUUCCAGCUGAACCCGAGCACCGGUGAAAUACGAGUCGCGGGAAAGCUGGAUUUUGAAGAAGCAAAAUCCCACAAGAUGGUCGUGAAAGCCACCGAUGGCGGAGAGCUGUCUGCGCAUUGCAAAGUGCAGGUGGAGGUCCUGGACGUGAAUGACAAUGCUCCGGAGAUAGCGCUCACCUCCCUCACCGCCUCCAUUCCCGAGGACGCCCCGCCACGCACCGUGGUGGCUCUGUUCAGCGUGCGGGACCGGGACUCCGGCGACAACGGCAGGACGGAGUGUUCCAUCGACGGGGACUUGCCGUUCAGUCUCACCCCCACUUUUGAUAAUUACUACGAACUGAGAACAAACGCGGCUCUGGACAGGGAGAGGACGGCGGAAUAUAACAUCACCAUCACAGCCACGGACUGGGGCAGAAAGAGGCUGAGCUCUCAGGAAAGCAUCUUCGUGCAGAUAUCGGAUGUGAACGACAACCCCCCAGAGUUUACCCAGGAGGUUUACACCAUGUCUGUCACGGAGAACAACAGCCCCAUGCUCCGGAUCGGCAGCGUGAAGGCCACGGACGCCGAUGCAGGAAAAAACGCCCGUGUGAACUACGCACUGGUGCGGCAGGAGGGCAAAGAGCAGCCCGAAGUGUCCGUCAACACUGAAACCGGGGAUGUUUAUAUCCUCCGCCCGCUGGACUAUGAGAAGGUCCCCUCCUUCGAGGUGACAGUG